AUGAAAUUUAAAAUAUCGUCUUUUAAGGAACCAAAACAUGUCGGGGCUGUGUCAUGUGUGGGCUGGAAUAAUACAGAAGAUGUUUUCUCAUGCGGCGACGACCAUAAACUAUUAAAAUGGAACCUUGUAAGUGGUGAAUGCUUAGUAAUAACUACAUUUCCGGAAGACUUUUAUCCAAUAUGCUUACAUCUAUUUCCAAAAAUUAAUCUUGGUGGAAACAAACAUAAUGAUGUUAUUCUUAUCGCAUGUGCAGAUGGAAAAUUUCAUAUAAUGAAUAAUAAUGGACGGAUAGAAAAAAGUGUCAACGCUCAUCAAGGUGCCUGCCUGGCUGCACAAUGGAGUCCUGAUGGAGCUGGCCUAUUAACGGCGGGUGAAGACGGUUUCGUAAAGAUUUGGUCUCGAAAUGGCCUGUUACGAUCGACAGUUAUUCAAUCUGAUGUUCCAUGUUACUCUGCUAUUUUUAACUCCGAUAGUAGUGCUAUUUUAUAUACCAAAGGGAAUUCACUAGUGAUCAAGCAUCUGAAUUCAAGCUCUAAAACCACGAAGUGGAAAGCUCACGAAGGUGUUAUUUUAUGUGUUGCAUGGAACGCAAACAAUAAUUUAAUUCUUUCCGGCUCGGAAGAUGGGUACUCGAAGAUCUGGGAUCAAUUUGGUCAGCAAAUAUCAGUUAGCGUAAAGCACGAUCAGCCUAUAACAAGCGUGAGUUGGUCUCCUGCUGGUGACAUGUUUGUCAUUGGUAGCUAUAAUUUAAUACGUCUCUGCAAUGCUAAUGGUUGGUCUCAUUGUCUUGAGCGACCUUCAACUGGAAGUAUCUAUAGCAUCGUGUGGUCAUCAGAUGGCACUCAACUAGCUGCCGCAUGUGCUAAUGGAAAUGUACUUUUUGCACAUAUUAUUGAAAGAGAGUACGCUUGGAAGAAUUACACAUGCACACAAACUGGACGUAAAGUUAUUUCGAUCAAAGAUAUUAUAACCGAUCAAAAUGACCAACUAGAUUACCCUGACAGAGUUAUACAGAUAGCUUUGGGCUUUAAUCAUUUAGUUACAGCUACUGUAAAACAAUGUUUCAUACACAAACUAACAUCUUGGAACACCCCAGUGACCUUUGACCUUAAAGAGGGCACAAUAAGUAUGAUAUUGCUGGCGGAAAGAUGCAUAUGUGUCAUAGAGAGGGCUGGUAUAUCAGUAUAUAGUUAUAUGGGUCGGCUGUUAGCAAGCCCUAGAUGUUCAAGACCAGAAACUCUCGGUAGAGCAGCUGUAUCUUUGGGGCCAGAUGCUCUGGCUCUUAUCGAUCAAAGUGAUAGGAAAAUUAUACAAGUUUUUGAUCUACCAACUGGACUGAUUGUGCGAAGUUCAACGGACAAUACUGUAACAAAACUAAUACACAAAAUGACAGUAUCUAGCAUCGCUCUAAGUCAAAGUGGGCCUAUAAAUGAAAGGCAAAUUGCUUUGUUGGAUUAUAACAGAGACUUGUAUGUGGUCACCGUUAAGGAUUCCAAGCCAAAAUUUGUCAAGCUAGGGUCCCAAAUUCUUAGUAUUUGCUGGAGUGCAGAAACAGAAUUAUUAGUCGGUUUACGUGCAAAUUCAGCCGUGGCAUGGUGUUGUCCACGCGCUGCCUAUAAGAGUGAUUGGCUUGCCCUUACUACGGUCACCAAAGACAUCACUGAUCUUGGGCGUAAUCCUAGUUUACUGAGCGUUGAAGAUGGCGUGGCUUGUAUUUGUCGCGGAAAUGGUUCACGUACACAUAUAUCACUAGCUUCCUUUCCUGAAAAGUUAUUAAAACAUGUUGAUGCUAACAUGUGGCAGGAUGCACUUCAGCUUUGCCGGACCGUUGAAGAUGAAACUCUCUGGGCUUGUCUCGCUGUUCUGGCUUGGCAACACAACCAGCUCGCGAUUGCGGAGGAAGCAUUUGCUCUAAUUCAUCACUACUAUCAAGUCUGUUACAUUCAACAUUUGCGGAGUACAAUUCCAGAAAAACUUACUACCUAA